CAAGCAAGGCCAAGCAUUCAAGUCUCAAGCGCACCGUAGGAACGGAACCUGGAGAUUCUCCAAUCACCAUGGGUAUGUGAGCUCAAGGCCAAUACAAGGAAUGCUUCCUGCAUUGUUCAACGGCUGUUCCCUCAUAUUCAAAGAUGAAAAGCCUUCUCUUUCUUGUGAUUCAGUCAAGCUUGAACUGGACUUGACUUGUUCGAUGUGCUUGGAUACAGCUUUUGAUCCAGUGUCUUUGACUUGCGGUCAUAUAUUCUGCUACAUGCGUGCUUGCAAGGCAGGAUCAGUGACCAUAGUGGAUGGAUUGAAGGCAGCUAGUCCCAAGGAAAAGUGCCCCCUUUGCAGAGAGACUUAACAUCAAGUGAACGAAUAUGCGUCCUGCUCAAUGGAUUCUACAAGUCUACCAGAAAGUCUACAAGUGAACGAAUAUGUAGUCAACAUCGAGCGCCGCCAAUCUGCGAUUGUUUUCACAUACUGAUUUCUAGUGCUUGUGAAUUGUGAUUAAUAAUCUGCUUACAUAUAGGAUUGCAAUUGAUUUGUCUGGUUUUCCUUCCCAAGGUUUGAACCAUACGAAUGCAUAAUUGUCGAAGUGAGGACCACAAACAAACAAGUUUAUGUAGUCUUGUUCACAAGAUUUUAGUAUAG